AUGGCUAAGAAGUUGCUUUUCCUUAUUGUACUGACUAUCUUGAGUCAAAAUCCAAAUUGUGGCUCUAUUGUCAAGUUUCUUCCUGGUUUUGAAGGUCCUCUUCCUUUCGAGCUUGAGACCGGGUAUAUUGGACUUGGUGAAGGAGAGCAAGUGCAAUUGUUUUACUACUUCAUCAAAUCUGAGAAGAGUCCAAAAGAAGAUCCUCUUCUUAUUUGGUUAACUGGAGGACCUGGCUGCUCUUCUAUCACUGGUCUUCUUUUUGAGAAUGGGCCUGUGACAUUUAAAGUUGAUGAGGGUUACAAUGGAGGUACACCCACCUUGCUUUCUACUACAUAUUCAUGGACAAAGGUUGCGAACAUAAUAUUCUUGGACCAGCCUGUUGGGAGUGGCUUCUCCUAUGCAACAACUCAACUUUUUGAUACACCUAGUGACUCGGAGGAAGCUAAGCGGAUCUAUGAAUUUAUUCGCAAGUGGUUAAGCAAGCAUAGGGAGUUUAUCUCGAAUCCUUUUUAUGUGAGUGGAGAUUCGUAUUCUGGUAAGAUUAUUCCGGCCACCGUUCAAGAAAUCUCCAAAGGUAUGUGUGGUUAUGUGCUAGGAAACCCUGUAACAGAUACUGAAUUUGAACAUAACCAACGUAUUCCAUUCGCACAUGGGAUGGCACUAAUCUCUGAUGAACUCUACGAGUCACUGAAAAGAAGUUGUCGAGGAAAUUAUGAUAAUAUAGAUCCACAUAACACAGAAUGUUUGAAACAUUUUAACGAAUUCUUAAAGUGUAUUUCUAGAAUUAACUUUGGUAAUAUUCUAAUACCACGGUGUGAUCCAGCCUUGUCCCCAUACAUUCUCCUUCCAAACACUUCGGCUCCGUCUACUGAUGAUGACUGCUACGAAUACACAGAUUUACUAUCUUCCCUCUGGGCCAAUGACGAGAGCGUAAAGGAAGCACUUCAUGUGGUAAAGGGAAGUAUAGACAAAUGGGUACGGUGUUCAUCAGGCAAGCCAUACGAUUCCGACAUCAAAAGCAGCGUACCAUACCAUAUGAAUAAUAGCAUCAAAGGAUACAGAUCUCUCAUAUUCAGUGGUGAUCAUGACUUAUUGGCGCCUUUCAUUUCAACGCAAGCUUGGAUAAGAUCUCUUAAUUAUUCCAUAGUUGAUAAGUGGAGGCCAUGGAUGAUACACAAUCAAGUUGCUGGAUACACUCAGACUUAUGCUAAUAAGAUGACAUAUGCUACUGGAGGUGGACAUACACCAGAAUAUAAACCAAAGGAAAGUUUUAUCAUGUUUCAGAGGUGGAUUAGUGGCCAACCUCUAUAA